AUGAAGGAAUCUGCUCUGUUGACCUCGUCGGUUACCGCCGGAGAUGGCGGCGCCCCUGACUCUAUUCUCUUCAGGAAAGGGCAAUACAAGGUCUGGGCGCUGUCUGCCAUUGUCCUACUCGCUCUGUGGUCCAUGUUCACCGGCACCGUCAACUUGAAGUGGUCUGCCGGUAACCUCAAUCAGAUCGCCGACAACCAAGUUGUCCCAUCCCGUGACGAUCUAGACAUCCUGGUUCGUCAAUCUCGGCGUUUUACCUCCCUCUCUGCUCCGAAUUCUUGCUCUCAGUUUCUGAAAUUGUGCUUCCCUGAUCUGGAUUGAGCAGGAACUGGAGGAAAGAACGAAGGUGGUGAGGCACAUGUGGGAUGUGUACGCCCACAGCAGACAGAUGCAGCUGCCGCGGUUCUGGCUGGAGGUUUUCGAGGCGGCUUACGAGGAUAUGGUCAACGAAGACCAGGGGGUAAGGGAUGCUGCCGUCUCCGAGAUCGCCAAGAUGUCCAUGUCGAUGGUAGAUGUCGUUCUCUCUCCUCCUCCCCGGCAUUCCAAGGUAAAUUAUGACUCAUACCCCGUUUCCCCCCCUUCUCUGUGUGUUCUUCCCUGGAUCCUGCUGAAUGUGUGCCGUAAAUCUGCUCUGUCUGCUCGAUAUGCCGAUUCCUCCCUUUCCCUCAAAUCUACAAUUAGGGGUUUCCUCGGCUUCCAGAUCUCGGUACUCGAAUGA